AAACUGGUUUAGUUUUUUCUGUGAAUGUACCUGAAGUUAAGUUGGUAUUACAAUUUUAUUUCGGAAAAAUCGUAAUAAACAAAAUAUCUGCACAAUUGAUUAAAAAUUAUUAGUGUUAGCAUCAUGGGUGAUGGACAAAGUGAAAAUCAGCCUCUGCUUAGAGAUGAGGAGGAGAAUGUCAGCACCAUAUCGCCGAUCGGUCCGGAUGAACUUCCUCCACCUUACCAGCAAGCAGGCACGCCAAUGGUCACUUGCCGGGUUUGUCAAGCAAUGAUUGACAUAUCUGGUAAAAGGGAGCAGCAUGUUGUAAAAUGUUCUGAAUGUAAUGAAGCAACGCCGAUACGGAACGCGCCGCCCGGCAAGAAGUACGUGCGUUGCCCCUGCAACUGCUUGCUGAUCUGCAAGUCGUCGUCGCAGCGCAUCGCAUGUCCGCGCGCGGACUGCAAGCGGAUCAUCAACCUCGCGCCGUCGCCCGUCACGCCGCCCGUGCCCACGCUGCCCGGCAUGCGCCGCGUCAUUUGCGCGCAUUGCCAGGACACGUUUUUGUAUCAACCACUGAAAAACGCGCCAGUGCGAUGCCCACACUGCCGCAAGGUAUCGUCGGUUGGAGCGCGGAUGGCGAUGGUCCGAGGCACGAUUUUCGCGGUUCUCGCACUCAUAGUUUUGGCGAUAGCUCUCGGAGUCACAUUCGGUACUCUUUCUGCUGCGAAAAGCCACGGAGGGGGUGUAUAUGUAGCAUACGUAGGAGCGUUCGUUCUCGCAUUACUUCUCGGCAGCCGAGCUAUAUAUUAUUUCGCGAUGAAAGUAAGUAUAAUCGAAGGCCCCAUGUAGAAGGCCCGAAGGAAUAAUCUGACUUGUGAUAGUAAGGUUAGGAUGUAUACAUGAAUAUUAUCUUGAUUCCAUAUUGCAUUAUUAUGUUAUAUAAACGUAUGUUUUACUAUAGAUAGGAUCUUGAAACUAUAUAAUGGACUGGACUGUAUCUCAUAAUAGAUACGUUGUGACAUUAGAGUUUGCUAAAACAAUAUAAAGCAUGACUCACGUAACACUAAGUUCUUGUUGUGUCGAGCCUUCAUCACUGGAUUCUAUAUAAAUGAAACAUUUCCAGAUUGAUAGGGAAAAAAUAUUAUUUUACUGAUAAGCAUUAGAAAUGUACUAUCAUGUCUGAUAGUGAAAACGUAUCGCAGGCUUUCCUUAACGAGACUUUGGUGUGACAUGAAUUUGUAAUUUAGUAGUAUCUCGAGAAUUAACAUUAGUGCUUUGACAUUUUAAAAGAAUUAAUUUGGUAGAAUUACAUAGGUAAGCAUUCCGUUAUCGUGUGUGAAAGUUUGUUUAUUUUUAUGAAAUUAUAAAGUAACAUUAUUUGUAAAAAUCACUAUUGAGUAAACUGUACUGUACAUUGGCUGUCUAUGUACCUACUCGGUGAAUCUUUAUAAGUUCACCACUCAUUAGUCAUUAGACCUUCAUAUUAUCAACGCAUAAAAAUGUUAAAUGUGUGUAAAUGCAAUAACCUUUAUAUAGUUAUGUGUUCCGAAAAAUAAACAUAAAAAAACCAUAGAUAAACAUUUGUAUUGUGUAUAUGAGAAUUUGAUAUUAUUCGAAUAAAUAUUUGUUAUUAAUUGAUAAAAAACGAUGACGUCAAGUCCCGCUACUUGUUGACUUUUUACGAUUAAAGAAAUUAUGAUACUCGGCAUUAACAGCUUUAGUUUCAAACACUAACAAUGAAAUAUUGUAUAUUAGUUUAAAACAAACAUAUUCGGUAGUUAAUGCCUAUGCUGGAAUUAAGCGCAGCUACUUAAACUCCGAAAAAAGAGUUCAUUCAUGUAUUUUAACUGUAUUGUAUAUGAAAAUUGAAUAUAAGUAUAAAUUAUAUAAAUUGAUAAACAUAAUAUAUAUCGUGUUAAUGAAAUAACGCAAAAGAAUAGAUACCUGAAUCUUAAUGUAAGGAAAUGAUAAAAUAAAAUGUCAUAAGUAAA